AUGGAUCGCAGAGGCCUUUAUUGUCCAGGCGAGUUGGACGUGCUGUAUCAAGAUCAAAAUAGAUCAGAGACUACCAUUUGUCUCCCGUCACCCUCACCUGCAAAGCGUGGAUCAUCUUACUACCCAACUGCUGGCGCAAAAGUCUUUGAAGAGUCAAAUCUGGAUCCCUUCUACCUCGAAGAAUCAUUGGCUGCUACACCAUCUUGGAACUCUUACACAUCGGAUAUGCGCAAUGAUAAUUUUGAAGACGAAAGCCAAUACUACUCUCUCUCCUUGAUCCACGAGGAGGACAUCCGCACCCCAUUGAAAUACCCUGGCACAGAUCGCUCCACACUAGCCCAGGUGGAGUUGGAGAAUAGCUUGAGAUUCCACCGAUACACUCCCUCAACGGAGGAACGAAGUCCGCUACACAGUAGCCAGGUUUCGUUUAGCUCCAUUCAUACAGACAUCACCACCCCGGACUUGACGCCUAGCAGCUCGUUUUCUUCAGCGUACGAUUCACCUAACUGUCCCGACGCCGUCUUCAAGGCGACCCAGCAGCUGUACGAGCACGCAAACAGGAUCCAGGUCGAAGCUCCCCGCCGCUUCUAUCUCCCUGCAUCUACACCACCUACAUAUUCUCUUCCCCCUCCCCCGCCGGUGCCUGCUUGCGCCCCGGCGGAUACUCGUCCCACAACGCCUUGCUUUCAGCACUCAAACGAGUCUACUACUACUAUUACCAUGGGCGGCGAAGCUGUUAUUGGGUCCUGCUCAUCGCGGACCCGCCAGAGGAAGCAACCUCCAGCCGCUCUCAACCUGUCACGCGCCUCGAGUUUCCAUCACACAUCUCGCCGCAAGCAAUCUAGCGCUGGAACUCGCCCUCCCCUUGACGGUUCUAUGAUCUCCCCUCCAUGCUUGAUUAACCCAGUUACCAUGGAACCUCAUAUGACCCACUUUGACCACCCUCUCUUCAUUCCUGCCAACGAUACCCCUACUCCCGUUCCUAGCCCUUCGGCUAGCUCCCCACCAAUCUCCCGCCAGUGGACUGCAACCUCAAUGGAGCGGCCUUCCAUUUCUACCAUUGACGGCUUCGGUGAGCAGUCUGUGUGGGAGUCUGACUCGGAGUCCGAGUCAGCAGGCCGUAAAUCGAUGUCUCGCCGGCCUAUAGACACACUGCGCAAGGUUCGCAGCCGUGCUAAGCUCCGUGCAGCCAAGUCACAGCCCCGUCUUAACCAGACCAUGGUUGAUGGCCAGCCAAUUGAGCAGUUCCCGUGCAUGGCGGAGGACAUCAUGGGAGAGCCUAUGCCCGGAGCUUUCCGCCCGAGCAUGGACCGUCCCAGCACUGCCAAAGAUGGCGUGCCGUCAUCCGGCGGCCUCAACACAUUACGGCUGGUUGCGCCUUCCUCCACCUCUCUGACUCGUCCUCCUCGUUCCCGCAAGACUAGCAGCGACAACAGCUCUGACGCUGAUCGCUCUGCCGCAGCAGUUUUCCAAGCUCAGUUCCGGCCCCGCCAGCGCUCUGACUCCCCCCCACACUCUAAUUCCACCUCUGAGGGUGACAAGGAGAAGUUGACCUCGUUCUGCUAUGACCAGUUCUCCCAAGCACCUGUCAAAGUUGCUCGCGAGCAACGGCCUCUCUACCAGCGAUUUAUGACCACCUUGCGGUCAUUAAAUUGCCACAAGCCCCAAAAGUCCCACAAGAAAAGCAAUGUUACAACCAUCUGA